UUUCACAUUUUCACUGUAGUCAUUAUUACUCUGUAUAUUUUCUUUCAUGUCCAUUAGUCAACUUCUUCGGGCAUGCACCAACUCAAAAUCCCUGCUCAAUGGCAAGGCUGUCCAUGCACAGCUACUCAAAUUUGGGUCCAAACCUGACGUUUACAUAAACAAUCACUUGCUCGUCAUGUACCUAAAACUCAAUCAGUUCGCUGAUGCCCAACAACUGCUCGACAGAAUGCCUGAAAGAAACAUCAUUUCCUGGACAACGUUGAUUUCCACAUAUUCUCAAAAGGGUAUGUCGGAAAAAGCUUUGGGUUGUUUUAGAUCAAUGGUUCUUGAAGAUGGGUUUGCUCCAAAUGGUUAUACAUAUGUAGCUGCUUUAUCAGCUUGCACUAGUUUAGGAGCUGAAAGAACAGGGAAGGAGUUACAUGGGAGGAUGUAUAGAACUGAGGAGAGCCUUAAUAGUUUUGUGACUAAUUGUUUGGUUAAUUUUUAUGGCAAAUGUGGGUUGUUGAAGUCAGCAAGACUGGUAUUUGAUGGCAUUUUGGAACCCAAUUCUGUUACUUGGGCUUCUCUCAUUUCUUGUUAUUGCCAUUGUGGGGAGUAUCAAGAAGGAUUGAUGAUUUUCUUGUUGGCUUUGAGGGUAGGGGGGAUAGUGAACGAGUUUUUCUGUGGGAGUGUUUUGAAUGCUUGUGCUGCUAUGAAAACUUUGCAACUUGGGAUGCAAAUUCAUAGUCUGAUUGUCAAGUCUGGUUUUGGGAUGGAUCAGUUUUUGGUGACUGGUUUGAUUGAUUUUUAUGCAAAAUGUGGUGUAUUAGACUUGGCACAUCGAGCUUUUGAUGAGGCAGAUGCACGGGAAUUGCAUGCUUGGACUGCAAUGAUUGGUGGCUGUGUGCAGUUAGGGAGUGGAAGAGAGGCCAUUGACCUUUUCUGUAAGUUGCUUUCCUCAGACUUGAAACCAAGUGAGAGAACUUUUUCUUCAGUUCUUGGAGCUUUUGCUGAUGUAAAAGGAGUUCGAGUUGGGAAACAGAUCCAUUGCCGGAUUGUAAAAUUGGGAUUCGACUCAUUUAGUUUCGUAUGCAAUGCUUUGAUGGACCUUUACUCCAAGAGUGACCUGUUUGACGAAUCAUUAAAGCUCUUUCAAGAAAUGAAAGAACAUGAUGUUGUUAGCUGGAAUACGCUAAUUGCUGGAUGUGUGAGCUCAGGUCGGUAUGAAGAUGCUAUGAGAUUUCUCAAGGAGAUGUUGCUUGAGGGUUUCGAAGCGAGUCUUUACACCUACUCUAGCAUUUUGAGCAUUUGUGGGGAUUUACCUGCUAUUGAAUGGGGCAAGCAAUCUCAUUGUCGUGUUCUGAAGCCUGGAUUUGAUUCCAAUGUGGUUGUUGGGAGCACCCUCAUUGAUAUGUAUGCUAAAUGUGGACGACUUGGAGACGCUCGUAGAGUUUUUGACAUCCUUCCUAUGAAAAACUUGGUAUCUUGGAACACCAUGCUUGUAGGAUAUGCGCAACAUGGGUUUGGGAAAGAAGCUUUAGAGAUUUAUGCUACUAUGCAAAAUAGUGGGAUUAAACCUAAUGAUAUCACAUUUCUUGGAGUAUUAUCUGCCUGUGGACACGUUGGACUUUUAGAUGAGGGACUUCAUCACUUCAAUAGUAUGACCCAGGUGUAUGGAAUCACUCCAAGGACAGAUCACUUGGCGUGUAUAGUGAGUCUAUUUGCUCGCAAAGGACAGACAAAAGAAGCUUAUGGUUUUAUAAAGAGCUUUCCAGGGGAACCAGAUAAGGUGGUGUGGCGGUGCCUCUUGUCUGGUUGCAAAGCUAACAGAGACUUCAUCUUGGGGAAAUAUGCCGCUGAAAAGAUUUUAGGUAUCGAUCCAGAUGAUACUUCAGCCUAUAUCGUAUUGUCUAAUAUCUAUGCGGAAUUACAGAUGUGGGAUGAAACGGCCAAGAUGAGAAAGCUGAUAAAGGAGAAAUCAUUAAAGAAGGAGACUGGAUAUAGUUGGACUGAGUUGCAGAAUAAAAUAUAUACAUUCUCUGCAUGUAAUAUUAUGUCCCUUCAGGAAAGCUAUCUGCAGCAAGUUUUGACUGGAUUGACGGCCCAAUUGUUUGAUUCAGGAUAUGUGCCUGAGGUCAUGUUCUCAUUGCAGUUUGAGGAGUAAGUAUACAAGAUAUCUGAAUAGAUUCAUCUACCAAUGAUUGACAGGUGACAAUUAAGUAGAAUAAAUAUUUAAUUAGUUCUUGGCUGGAAUCUCUGUGUGAGAGGUCGACAAUGUUAACUCCAUGACUUCAAUAUGUCUCAAGCAAACUCGGUCUCAAGCCCGAAUUGUGGAGAAGGAUUGCAGUAGGUUGACAGGCAGCAUAGAGAUAGUCUAACCAUGAUAACUCCUCUCGGUAGAUACAAGAGGAUUCAUUCAAUCGACCCCAACUAGUUUACUGUUGAGGCGUAGUUGAUUGACUAUUGAGAGGUCAAUAAAUUUUUAAACCCGAGCUCUGACUGUAGUUAGCAACACAUCCAUUCUUCGGCUUACUCCAGUUGACCAUUCCAAAGAUAGUGAUGCCCUAGCUGAUAUGAGCUUGCCUCCUCCUUGGGUUCAAAUUUGAGUCGCAUCUCUUUUUAAGAAAUAAUAGUCCCUGGUGUAUGCAUAAAAAGGGCAGCCUGGUGCACUAAGCUCCCGCUAUGCGCGGAGUGCAGGGAAGGGCCGGACUACAAAGGUCUAUUGUACGCAGCCUUACCCUGCAUUUCUGCAAGAGGCUGUUUACACAGCUUGAACCAGUGACCACCUGGUCACAUGGCAACAACUUUACCUGGUGUAUGCAUAAUAGUCCCUGGUGUAUGCAUACUAGCGGAAAAAGCCCAUGUAAAGCUGCCACUGAUAUUUUACAAUCAGACUUCCAUGGUUCUUCCAACUGGUUCUUCUUGAUUACAUCUCAUGGUGUGAAGCUUCAGGUAAAGGUCAGUCAGGGCUUGAGUCCGCUCUCUUCAACCAAUUCACCUGUACCAAAUGUACCAUAGCUGUGAUAUUCUUCACUUGAGGACAAGACCUCCCUAAUGUUGAGUAAUCUUUGGCGUGUGCAUUUGAAAUGGAAAUCCCAGCAAAUGCUGAAAACUUUCUCAAGGUUAAGAGAGAUUUACAAGUAGUUCUCUUAGCGUUCAAUCAGUUUUGUUACACUUUCGUGUCUAAAUGGUGUCCUGAAUACCAUUAGAAAGAUGCAGGCAUACAAAUUAAUACCUGAAGUUAUUCAGAUCAAUACCACUUUUUUCGAGGAAACUCACGAAGUUGUCCAGUUUAUCCUCCUCGAGCACAAACUUAUUGUCAACUGUAUGCUGACGCAGACUGAAACAGAAGAUUCAUUUCUCAAUCAUCAUAGGGAAAGGAAGUCCCGAGUUAAACAUGUCUUAUGUGGUUGAAAGCACAAAUUAUUUCUUUCCCUUUCUUGCUAAUAACUUGUUGAAAAUAUUUCCUUAUCUAUUUGAUAGACAAGUUUGGUGCAAUUUUAUUUUUUGACAGAAGCUUCUUGAAAGCACAAGCAUUGAGUCCCCAUUUCAUCCAUUUGAGAAGCUCUUUCAUUCCCUAGUUGUAUAACUUUCUCUUCGGACAUGGACUCUAUGCUGGAGACCACUUAUACAAGUGUAAACUUCUAUAAAUUGAAGAGAGCAACCAUUA